AUGCCAUCAGUGGAAACCGCAAGCACAGUUGUUGACGAGAAACAUGACAAGAGUACCACUGGUCAGUCACCGGUCUUUGGAGCAUCUGGUAGAAAAAUCAUAUACGACAAAGAUGGCAAACCAUGUCGAUCGUGUAAUACGUUAUUAGAUUUUCAAAUGGCUACUGGAAAAGCCCCCAAAUUGCCAUCAAAAAAGGAGUCGUCCACAGUCUCUAAUUCAUCGAGCUCUAGUCAGUUCAUUCCAUCUACAAAUCCAUCGGAGCCACCAUCAUUCUAUAAGAAACUAGACCCACCUGAUGUGGCACAGCUCGGCCGCUCAUCUUGGACCCUACUCCAUUCCAUUGCUGCGACAUACCCCGAGACACCCACUACAAAGCAACAGCAAGAUAUGAAAUCAUUUUUGCAUUUGUUCGCUGGUGUAUAUCCAUGCUGGUAUUGUGGUGAGGAUUUUCAAAAGUAUAUCCAGAAGAACGAACCUCUGACCAAAAGUCAAGAUGAUUUGGGUAAAUGGCUAUGCGAGGCACAUAACGAUGUCAAUGUGAAGUUAGGAAAACCUAAGUUUGAUUGCAAUUUUUGGAAACGGAGAUGGAAAGAUGGAUGGGAUGAGGAGUAA